CCGUGCGGACCUAUCGCGUCAGUUGUUGGUAGUCGCACACUCGCUGGCGGGUGUCGGGGUACGUGCGCUGUUUCUUCUCGCAAAAGUUUGCCCUUCGCCCGAUGGCGUGUGAACCGUUAAUAAAAUAAUGCCUAAUCGGAUUGACAAAGACAAGGUGCCUGUGAAAAACAACAGCUCCGGUGUGACGGCCAAGAAUGGCAGCUGCAAAGACGCGGCCGACGGCUCCGAAGAGGUGAGCCCGGCCUGCAACAAUAGCAGUGGUACUGCCGUGCACGCCAACAGCAACGGCGCUGGAGGCGCGGCGACCACCGCCGCGUCGGCGCGGGCUGCGGGGCCCAAAUCGGCUCCUCCGCCCGCCAACCUGGUGGCCAAGUGCAAGCUGGCGGGCGCCGUGGUGCCCACGGCCCCCGGCAGCGGGAUGCGCAAGGAGAAGCGCCAGAGCUCGUCGCGCUUCAACGUGAGCCACAACCGCGAACUGCAGAAGCUGCCGGCGCUGAAGGACGCGCCGCUGAACGAACGUGAGGACCUGCUAAUUCAGAAAAUCCGGCAGUGCUGUGUGCUUUUCGACUUUGUGACCGACCCUCUGUCAGACCUCAAGUGGAAAGAGGUGAAACGAGCGGCCUUGCACGAGAUGGUUGAGUACAUCACCUCUCAGCGGGGUGUGCUGACUGAGCCCAUCUACCCCGAGAUGAUCCACAUGUUCGGCGUCAACGUGUUCCGGACGUUGCCGCCCUCUUCGAACCCGAACGGUGCCGAGUUUGACCCCGAGGAGGACGAGCCGACGCUGGAGGCGGCCUGGCCUCACCUCCAGCUUGUCUACGAGCUGUUCCUGCGAUUCCUCGAGAGCCCUGACUUCCAGCCUGCGCUAGCCAAACGCCACCUGGAUCAGCGGUUUGUGCUGCAGCUCCUUGAGCUAUUUGACUCCGAGGACCCCCGUGAGCGCGACUUCCUCAAGACCACGCUGCAUCGGAUAUAUGGCAAGUUCCUAGGGCUGCGGGCGUAUGUACGCAAGCAAGUGAACCACAUGUUCUACCGCUUCAUCUACGAGACGGAGCAUCACAAUGGCGUCGCCGAGCUGCUCGAGAUCCUCGGCUCCAUCAUCAACGGCUUCGCGCUGCCUCUCAAGGAGGAGCACAAGCUGUUCCUCUUGCGCGUGCUCAUGCCCCUGCACAAAGUAAAGUCGCUGAGCGUGUACCAUCCGCAGCUGGCCUACUGCGUGGUCCAGUUCCUCGAGAAGGAGCCGAGCCUGACAGAGCCGGUGAUCCUGGCCCUGCUCAAGUUCUGGCCGAAGGUGCAUUCGCCCAAGGAGGUGAUGUUCCUCAACGAGCUCGAGGAGAUCCUGGACGUCAUUGAGCCGGCCGAGUUCGCGAAGGUGAUGGUGCCUCUCUUCAGGCAGCUGGCGCGCUGUGUGUCCUCCCCCCACUUCCAGGUGGCCGAGCGGGCCCUCUACUACUGGAACAACGAGUACAUCAUGAGCCUGGUCAGUGACAAUGCGGCUAUCCUGCUGCCCAUUGUGUUUCCAGCCCUCUACAAGAACUCCAAGGCCCACUGGAACAAGACCAUCUACGGCCUAGUCUACAACGCCCUCAAGCUACUCAUGGAAAUGAACCAGAAGCUGUUUGACGACUGCGUCCAAAACUACCGCCAGGAGCGUCACAAUGAGAAAAUGCGCCUGCGAGAGCGGGAGGACGCCUGGAACCGGAUAGAGAGCCUAGCCGAGAAAAAUCCUCAGUUCCACGUGGUGAAGCCCCAGCUAGGCACCCCGACACAAGCCCUCGAAAGCCCACCGGAAGACGACGACAUGCUCUACGACAGGCUGGAAAGCCAGGCCAGGGAGGUAACGACGACCCUGGCUGCCAAGAAGGAGAAGCCCCUGCUGCGGCGCAAGUCGGAGCUCCCGUUGGACUCGCUCACGCUCAAGGCCCUGAGCGACCACAAGAGGGCCGACCAGCUGCUGGCACCACCAGACGCCCCGCUCUGAUGACCAGACCCCAGCUUAUUUAUUUGCCUUUAUUUUUGUACGCCCUCCAGCAAAGAAAAAAGGCGCCUCGCUGGCCAAGGCCACACUUAGGAGGAGGCUCAGAGGACCAGACUAGCAGAGGAGAGCUUCUUCUCGAAACUCGUAGGCACGAUAGAGAGUCAUCGAGACCCGGGCCGUUCGCUCAACCUCGCAGUGGCAUCGUGCAGUGUCCGGUACCAUCACUCUGUAGGGGCAAUCCGUGAGCACUGCUGCAUGCGUGACCUAGUCUUGGUUGCAGUGCUUUAAGCUUAACUACGUACGAUCUUCCCGUUUUUUCCCUCUCCUUGUGUCUGUCGGGUGUGGUUGUGCAGCACUGGACUUUUAUGGCGAGUUUUUUCGUGUGUGCUCGUUUCCUGCGACGGAAUUGUCGGGUUAGUGCCUGUCGCUCGUGCCCGAUGUUGGGCCUUGCGUUUAAAACACAGUAGACGUGCACCGAGUUGUUCGCUGCUUGGCACCACACCCCCUCGCCCCCGUGGUGUUGUCGUUUGGAAAAGAAAACGCCGUCGGUGUGACGGGAAUAACGACUGGCCCACGGCUGUUUUGAACGUCGCAUGACGUUAGGGCAGUACAGGCAUAAUGCCUAGCUCUUCUGAGUUAAAUAAAAGUGUCAAUAAUCUCUCAUGUCA